GUAGCGCGGACUGGGCGAGUUUGCGCCAGCUCCUUGCGGUGUACCUGGGUUUCUGCGCAUGCUGAUGAAGGGCCUCGUACUAUUGACAGUGUAACACCAGUCUACUUCUUACACCGUAACCCUAAACCGAGAUGUCACGGAUGUUUAUGAGGGGAUCCGCUUGGAAAUUUUUACAGUCGGCUCAGUUUGGAAGAACUGGGAACUCUUCACCAUUUUCUUCUCCGAAUAACUUAUUUUUCAACUUUGAGCCGGACGACCAACUUUCUGCCGAUGAUUCAACGUCAGCGGAAGAAGAUCUUGAUUCUUCGGUGCUGUUUGGAUCAUUGAGAGGCAAUGUUGUUGGUUUGCGGUAUUACACAGGAACGGUCAGCAAUAAUGAAAUGGUUGCUCUUCAGAGGGAGCCCAACAACCAGUACGAUCGAAAUGCAGUGAAAGUCAAUAAUAUCAACGGUGACCAGGUUGGUCACAUUAAGAAAGAAUUGGCUGCAGCUUUGGCCUAUGUCAUGGAUCGUAAACUGGCGAGGAUUGAAGGGGUAGUGCCAUAUGGGGCAAACAAUGCUUUCACUAUGCCGGUAAAUCUGAGCUUUUGGGGAAGACCAGAAAACAAGCAGGCGGUUUUAGACCGGAUGAAAAAACAUGGAUUCAAACUCGGACCCCUUCCUGCCGGUUCACAGUUCAGCUCUGGAUCAGGACAGGGUUACAGUGGUCCUAUUCUACCAGCUGUGCAAAUGACUACUGAACAGUUAAAGACAGAGUUUGACAAACUAUUUGAAGACCUGAAGGAAGAUGACAAAACUCGCGAGUUGGACCCCUCUGAGGCCGUACAAACAAAAUUGCUGCCUCACCAAAGGCAAGCUUUAGCUUGGAUGGUUUCCCGCGAGAACAGCGAUGAAUUGCCACCGUUUUGGGAACAAAGAAGUAAUCUGUAUUACAACACACUCACUAAUUUUGCAGAAAAAGAAAAGCCUGAAACCAUCAAAGGAGGGAUCCUGGCAGAUGACAUGGGUCUAGGUAAAACCCUUUCAGUCAUCGCUUUAAUUCUUACAAACUUUCACGAUGGUCAACCAUUUCCAGUAGUAAAGACUAAAACGGACUCAGAUCUGAAUAAGAAAUAUGAGGAAAAUCUAUUGACAUCAGAAAAAAAGCAAAGGGUAAAGAAUAAAGAAAAAAGAGGAAAUCCUUCAAGCAGCAAAAGUAAUACUUGCCCACCUGAUAACUCGAGUAGUCGCCCACAAAGACAACAAACCAGGAAAGCCAAAUAUACUCUCAGCAGUGACUCUGAAGAAUUAGAGGACUGGAUUCCUCCAAAAAUAAAAGUUUCCAAAGCUUGCAGUCUUCAAGAUGAUGAGCAGUUUGCUAUGGCUCUUUCUGGGAAAUGUUUUACAGCAAAGAGGAAAGCCAAGGCUAAAGCAGGGACUAUUAUCCCAAAAUGCCUUUCAAAAAGUACAUCUGGGAAGCGACCAAGAACAACGCUCAUUGUAUGUCCGCUAUCAGUGCUGAGUAACUGGAUUGACCAGUUUGAGCAGCAUGUAAAACCCGACGUGCAUCUGAACAUCUACGUAUAUUACGGUCCUGAACGUAGCAAAGAUCCUGGAGUGCUUUCUUCGCAGGACGUUGUUCUGACGACAUACACGGUUGUGACACACGACUAUGCCAACAAGAGUGACAGCCCGUUACAUAAAAUGAGGUGGCUAAGGGUGGUGUUGGACGAAGGGCACACCAUCCGAAAUCCAAAUGCACAGCAAACGAAAGCAAUCCUCAGUAUAGACGCUGAGAGACGAUGGGUGCUGACAGGUACCCCGAUCCAAAAUUCACUGAAGGAUCUGUGGUCCCUCCUGUCUUUCUUAAAACUGAAGCCGUUCACUGACCGACAAUGGUGGCAUCGUACGAUUCAGAGACCGGUGACCAUGGGAGACAGAGGAGGACUUGGCCGGUUACAAGCCCUCAUUAAGAACAUCACUCUGCGGAGAACAAAAACCGGAAAAAUCAAAGGGAAGCCGGUGCUGGAAUUGCCAGAGCGGAAAGUGUUUGUUCAGCACAUCCAACUGUCGGACGAAGAAAGGCAAAUAUACGAGACUCUAAAGAACGAAGGCAAGGCCGUCAUUAGCAGGUACUUCGAUGAAGGAACAGUUCUUGCUCACUAUGCAGAUGUCCUCGUUGUGUUGGUCAGAUUGAGACAGCUUUGCUGUCAUCCUCAUCUUGUCUCAAACACCUUGUCAUCCGUUACUUCUACAGGCAAUGCCACCCCAGAAGAGUUACGGGAGAAGUUGGUGAAUAAGAUGAAGAUUGUUCUGAGUUCUGGCUCGGAUGAAGAAUGUGCAAUUUGUUUGGAAUCUCUGAGCAUGCCCGUUAUAACCCUCUGCGCACACGUGUUCUGCAAACCGUGCAUAUGUCAGGUCAUACAGAGCGAGCAGCCAAACGCCAAGUGCCCUCUGUGCCGAGGAGAAAUACGCCAGGAACAUUUGGUGGAAUGCCCAGAAGAAGACACCGAAUCUACGCCGAAGAAGGAGCAAAAGUGGAAAUCAAGUUCAAAAAUAAAUGCUUUAAUGCUUGCAUUGACAGACCAAAGGAACAAGGAUCCCCGCAUAAAAAGCAUCAUUGUUUCACAAUUUACCAACUUCCUGACGACGAUAGAAACAGCUCUCCGAGAGUCUGGCUUCAUGUUUACACGCCUGGAUGGCUCGAUGACACAGAAAAAAAGAAUAGAAGCGAUUCAAUGUUUCCAGAGCAGUGAUGGCGCGUCUCCCACCAUUAUGCUGCUAUCGCUGAAAGCUGGAGGCGUGGGUCUAAACUUGACAGCGGCUUCUCGGUUAUUCUUAAUGGAUCCUGCAUGGAAUCCUGCUGCUGAAGAACAAUGUUUUGACCGGUGUCAUAGACUUGGACAAACCAAGGAAGUUAUCAUCACCAAGUUUGUGGUAAAAGAUUCUGUAGAAGAAAAUAUGCUAAAAAUUCAGGACAAGAAGAGAGAGCUUGCCGCAGGGGCAUUUGGAACAAGCAAGCCCACAGCGAGUGAAGCAAAACAAGCGAGAAUCGCAGAAAUAAGAACGCUUGUGGAUUUAUAAACAUCAGCAUGGACUUUCUUCCAAGUGACUACAUUUUUUUUUAUAUAUAAUAAAAGCUCAUCCAUUAGGUUUGACAAGAUAUA